CCUCAUAAGCCCUAUAGGAAUCAACAUUCAACAUUGUCAACAUCAAGCACGAUACGAAAACAGUUUUGCCUUCCUCGAACAGAAAAAGGUGGUGGUUUUGCUCCUUCCGAUUAUUGCCAUAAUGUGAUGUCGGCAAAACGGAGGUACAAUCAGAGCCUGUGGGACCUCAGCUCCCCUUGUCCGAGGCGGACUCAGUCUCGAGAGAAGAAAACGAGACUCGAAAUCUCGAACCUGAACAACGUGCAACACACAAAUGAAACCGAUGCUGGUAACGAAGUAAGCGAGCGCAUCACGAGCUCCGAAGAACCUGACCUGCUGAUUUGUUGCAACGAACAGCGACAGUUCCCAGCGGACAGCGACGACAGCGACCGCACGGUACCCGAUGGAUGCUGUGAAGGAGGUCCUUCGCGGUCGUCGGAAGCAUACAAUAGUGACAGGGAAGAUUGCGACGCCACUACCACCCAUGACCGCGACGAUACUGCAUAUGACUCCCACGACACCGACGACAGUGCUGAUGAGUCGUUAUAUGAGGAAGAGCCAGCGCAGGAGGAACCUAUGGACGAUCUUGACCAGCCCCUUUACAGUGGCUCAAAAUUGACACGUCGAGAAAGUUUGCUACUUAUUCUGGCCCACAGUCUCAGGCACCAUUCUUCGAAAGAAGCAACCGAAAGCCUCCUGAGGCUUGUGGAUGCCCACAUUCCAGACACAUCCACCCUGCCACUGUCCAAAUACAUCUUCUACAACCAGUUUGCCACCUGCACAAGGAACCACACAUUUCACAUGUAUUGCCUCACUUGCCACUCAUAUCUGUUGCAAGUAGGAGACAACGAUACCACUACUCCUGCUACUGUCCUGUGCACUCAGUGUGACUGCAGUCACAAUAUUGAAAAACUGAUGAAGUCCGGAUCAUACUUCGUUAUGUUGAACAUUGAGAGUCAAGUACGAGAUCUUUUGGAACAGCAUGGCCUGCCAACACGAAGAAAAGACGCAGGCUUCGACAUGAGUGAUAUAACUGACAGUGUUGCGUACAGGAAGCUUCCAAUGGAGGAAGACGACGUCAGCAUCACGUGGAAUACCGAUGGUGUCCCUGUGUUUGAGUCUUCGGGCUUCAGCAUUUGGCCGCUACAACUCAUUGUAAAUAAUGCCGUUCAAAUCCAGAAGUGA